GGCGGGUGCGCGCUGGCGCGUGUGGCCCGUUUCCGUGGAAGAGCUGCUGCCGACGAGGAACACCCUCCGAGGGGGAGGAGGGGGAGAGGAGCGAUGAAGGCGCUCAGAACCCUGGAGAGGAGCGCGCGGCCGCGACGGACGGGCUCAUGAGCAUGGCAUUCAGCACCGUCGGCGCCACCGCCACACCCACAAACCAGUGCCUGCACAACAGCGACACGGUCAAGUACUACGUCUACACCUGCACCUACAUGGUGGUGUUCCCCGUGGCGUUCCUCUGCAACAUCGGAGCGCUGGUGGUCUUCCUGAGGCAGAGAAACAACAGAACCUCCUCCUGCAGGGUGGUCAUGAUGAACCUGGCCAUCUCAGACUGGAGCUUCUCGCUGACCCUCCCGCUGCGACUGACGUACUACUUCCACGACAAACACUGGAUCUUCCCGGACUGGCUGUGCCGCCUGUGCACCUUUGGCUUCUACGUGAACCUGUACAGCAGCAUCCUCCUCCUCACCCUCCUGAGCCUGCUGCGUUGGGUUGCUGUGUCCUGGCCGUUGAAACACCGCUCUAAGGUCAAACCCAAGCAGGUUUCCCUCGUCUGCCUCGCCAUCUGGCUGUUUGUGGGCCUGACCUCCAUACCCUUCCUGUCUGAAGGAGUGGUUGAAAGAGGCGGGGUUCCUCGCUGCUUCGAGCCGUCAGACCACUCCUCCUGGUGCCGGAUCAGCAUCCUGAACUACAUCGGUCUGGUCUUCGGCUUCCUGCUGCCCUUCAUCACCAUCCUCUUCUGCUACCUGAGGAUCGUCUGCAAACUCAGGUCCCCCCCCACCUGCUCCGAGGGGGCCUCCAUGUCUGCGGCCCACCACCGCUCCCGCAAGAAAAGCCAGCGCUCGGUGUACUUGGUCGCCAUGGUGAUGGUGACCUUCCUGAUCUGCUUCCUGCCGUACCACCUGAUCAGGACGCUGCACCUGCACUCCAUGUGCGGCAACUGGAGCUGCGGCGUCCAGGUGCCGCUGCAGCGCGCCGUGUCCGUCACGCUCGCCAUGGCGGCGUCCAACAGCGUGGUCAACCCGCUGCUGUAUUACUACUCCACCAAAUCGUUCAGGGACGACGCCCAAAAGGUCGGCUCCUCCCUCAGGUCCAACAGGUUGGGGUCCAUCGUGGAAUGGUCAACCAGGGACCGGUCCUUCCGGCGCAAGCAGAGUGAAGAUCCAAUCACAGUCUGACGCUGGCAGAGAGGAACUGCUCUCAGCUCCACCCACUGCAGGGAAGCACCGCCCCCUGCAGGCGGGGACCAGAGCGACAGCGGCACUCUGGGUUUUUGUUCAGAGGCUGAACUAGACUGAUCUAAAGAUCAGAACUUCUGAUCCACAAUGAAGGUUUUCUGUACAAACUUGAUUGAUUUCUAGUCUGGAGCUCUGCCAGAACUCUGAUAAGACUCUACCAGAACUCUACCUAGACUCUGAUAGAACUCUACCAGAACUCUGAUAGAACUGUAAAGAACUCUGAUAGAACUCUGCUCCUGAACGGGCCUUUUCUGUGCAGACGUUUGAUUCCGAUGAAGGUUUCUAGAUUUGUUUGGUUGUUUUGACUGUCAAGUUGUGAUGACUGUGGGGGCGGGGCUUACACCACAUGAAGGUCUAGACCACUCCUCCAGCAGCCCGUUCUCAGGAUGGACAGAGGAACCAGCUUUUCCUCGUCACCAUAUUUAUUUUCAGAAAGUCACUGACUGACGUAUCUGUUGUUUGUUUGUGUCAGUUUGUCCAGAAAAAUAAACAUGUAAACAAGAACAAACGUGCAGUAAACAGACGUUCUCUGUCCUCAUGGCGGCGCUAAAGAGACAGAAACCAGGAAGACACACAGGGUGUGUCU